AUGUCAAAUGUGAAAGCAUUCGUGAAGAAGCUAUUCAGUAAACAUUUACUGGUCACUAACACUGUUACUUGUGGAGCUUUAUUAACUAUCGGAGAUUUAAUCGUUCAAUCUAUUGAGAAGAGAAACAAGAAAACCAAAAAACCAAGAGAAACUUCAUCAUUCUUGGCCAAUAUAGAUUGGGAACGCUCUGGUCGUAUGUGUUUAAUUGGUACAGUAUUCGGACCUGUCAAUCAUUUGUUCUAUAAAUAUCUUGAUAAACAUUUUGUUGGUAAAAGUUUAAAAGUUGUUAUGAAGAAGAUGGCGGUGGAUCAGUUUGUGGCUGCUCCAAUUUUCACCUCUUUGUUUAUAUAUAGUGAUUGUAUUCUAGAAGGAAAAUCUACAGCUAUAACACAGGAAGAAUGGAAGGAGAAAUUCCCUGUUAUAUUCCUGGGAGAUUGUGUAUUUUGGCCACCAGUUCAAUUCGUCAAUUUUUAUUUUUUUCCUCCGAAAUAUCGUGUUUUAUACGUAGCCUCUGUAACAUUGGUCUGGAAUACCUACCUCUCAUUCGUUAAACAUAACGUAAGUUUUUUAUUGAAGUUUACCAUAAACUUAUCUUAUUAA